AUGGGCGACCAUGUCCUCUUCUUCUACGGAACUUUAAUGGCUCCUCAGAUACUGCACCGUGUAAUACAUGGCCGCGCAGAUCCAGAGCCAUGGCAAAAGGCGCUUCUGACCUUUCAACCUGCCGUGUUGCACGGCUACCGGCGCCAUCGGGUGCGAGGUGCAGACUACCCGGGCAUUAUUCGGGCAUCUGAAUCAUCACCAUCCACAAAACAAACAAAUUUAGAACCAGAAAAUGGAGCCGAGGAAAGCCAUUGGGCGCGAACAUCAGUUCUUGGGACCCUUGUCUCUGGCUUAACAGACGGAGACGUUCAUCGUCUAGAUAUCUACGAGGGAAGCGAGUAUGCCCACGAGAAGGUCAAGGUGCGGACGUUGAAAGAGGCGCUGCAUCAGGACCAUGGCCAUGAGCACGGUAAUUCAGGUGCUGCGGGGAAUCUUCGAGAUGUUCUUGAUGCUGCUGGGGCGGAGUUUGCGGAUGAGAAGGAGGAGGUAGAUGCUGUGACUUAUGUGUGGACUGAUGGUGCGGAGAGGCUGGAGAGUGCGGAGUGGGAUUUUGAGACAUUCAAGAGGGAUAAGAUGGCUUGGUGGUUUGAUGAUGAUGAUCAGUGGUAG